AUUAAAAGUUUCAGUGUUAAGAAGGAAAAUGUGAUUAUUCUUGAUAAUAAUAUACUAGAAUAAUUACUCUCAGCUAAUUGUGUUAUAUAUAAGUUUUUGGGCGGGCUGAGUUACCUGGCAGCCAGGCCUCCCACCGGCCCGCCCACAGCCAGAGGUCCGACCUCCAGUGCGCUACAGAACACAGCGCUCAGUGAAGAGCAGUCAGGCCGGGCUGCGUUGUCGCGAGUCGGGCUGAAGUUAUGACUGCUCCCGCGCUGAUGGAGGACGGAGCUCCGCCGCCGCUCUUUUCGUUCGGAGUGAUCGCGGACAUUCAGUUCGCGGAUAAAGACGACGGCUUCAACUUUCUCCGCACGAGGAAACGCUUCUACCGGAACAGCCUGCAGAUCCUGAAGAACGCGAGCAGGUGCUGGGAGGAGGAAGAGGAGCCGGAGCGGAGGCCCGCCUUCAUCCUGCAGCUCGGAGACAUCAUCGACGGCUUUAACCGAGAACUCUCCGCGUCCGAGAGAGCGCUGCAGACCGUGCUGGACGAGUUCAGCAGCUGCUCCGCCAAAGUUCAUCAUGUGUGGGGAAACCACGAGUUCUACAACUUCAGCAGAGCAGCGCUGUUCCAGUCCGCCCUCAACAGCCGAGACAGAGGAGAGAGAGGAGAGAAGAACAGUCUGGAAGAAGUGUACGCUUAUCACUUCAGCCCCCAUCCCAAAUUUCGCUUCAUUGUGCUGGAUGCCUACGACCUGAGUAUUAUAGGCAGAGACAAGUCCAGCAAGAAGUUCAAGCAGUCCAUGAAGAUCAUCACGAAGCACAACCACAAUAAGGAGCUCAACAUUCCUCCAGGCACUGAGGCGAGGUUCGUUAAUUUCAGUGGUGGAUUCAGUAAAGACCAGCUGAAAUGGUUGGACAAAGUGUUAGCCAGAGCUGAUGAGAAACAGGAGAAGGUUGCUAUCGCCAGUCACCUUCCCGUUCAUCCUUACUCUGCUGGUCCUGUUUGCCUUGCAUGGAAUUAUGACAAGGUUCUGUCCAUUCUACAGUCUCAUAAGAGUGUGGUGUGUUUCAUGGCUGGACAUGAUCAUUACGGAGGAUACCACAGGGACACAUACGGGGUUCAUCACCUCACUCUGCAGGGGGUUAUUGAGACACCACCCUUCAGUGAUGCUUUUGGGACCGUCCAUGUAUAUGAAGACAGAAUGGUCCUCAAAGGCAGAGGAAUUAUAUCUGACCGGGUACUGAUGUUUCCAUGAAACAAUUUUGGGGAUUUCAUGUUAGUUCAUUUAAAAAACUUAAGUGACUUUAAGUGACACUGAAUAUACUUAAUGGCUUGGUAUUUAA